AGCAGUGCGGAGAAACUUACCGGGAGGUCGUUUUACAUCAGCCACUAUUUAACGACUUCUCAUUGAGUUUCUAACUUUUUUUCCUCCUGGUCACUUUUCCAACCGAGUUCCCGGGUUUUUACUUGAAUUCACUGAACUCUGCUCUUAUCUCGACCAAUAUGGCCAGCUCGGGACUGCAGCUGCUCGGUUUCCUCCUCUCACUGGUGGGUCUCGCUGCCACUGUGGCCGCUACUUUCAUGGUUGAAUGGAAGAAGCAGACCCAGGGAAAGACGCACCGCAUCUUCGACGGCUUGUGGAUGAGCUGCAGUGGCUACGAGAGAACAACCUGUGAACUUUACCAGUCCCUGCUCAAGCUGCCAGAUGAGGUCCAGGCCACCAGGGCGGUGAUGCUGCUCAGCAUCUUCCUCUCCACUGUGGCGCUGAUGAUCUCCACAGUGGGAAUGAAGUGCACCCACUUCAUGGACAGCAAGCCGGAGAGCAAAUCCACAACAGCUAUGAUCGGAGGAAUCAUGUUCAUGGUUUCAGGUUUAUUGACCAUCAUCAUAACCUCCUGGUAUGUCAAAAUGAUUGUUGACACCUCCCAUAAUGCCCAUCAUCUGGACAACUUUGAGUUUGGUAAGGCGGUGUUUGUCAGCUGGGUUGGUGGCCUCCUCACUAUGGCGGGUGGUUCUUUCCUGAGCUGUCGGAGAUGCUCACGGUCCGAGUCGAACGAGUCCAUUAGCGGAAACCACCUGUUCCCCACCACCAACCAAAAGUCCAACUACGUCUAAUGGAGGAAAGCUGGGGGGCCCAGGAGAGGCCUUGAUACAGGCAAACUGAAGCAGGCUGUUGUUUCUAGGAUGAGGAAAUGUCCCACUGCCGGAUUAUAAAUACAACCUACUGAACAUAAAGACAAUAACCAGGAUCGGGAUUACACACCAGAUCAGACUGUGUGUAAUGAUUUUGAGCCCCAUUUUUCAGUAUUGAUCUUUUCUGUACUUACUGUAUGUAUGUUUGUUACUCGGUUGCCAUCGGUCACUGCAGCAAUUUCUGCUGCUGUCAUCUGUUUGUCUGUUUUCCAAUCCGAGAAAUAUAAAUACGGACUCCAUUUUUAAAUCACUUCAGUUUACACACUAUGACUUUUCUCAGCCUGUUUGUAUAUGAAAUCAUAAAUGUACUCUUCACAGGUAGCAAUGAAGAACUUUAGGUUAUGUAAGAAUAGUUUACAGUGUAGAAAUAAAGUUUUGACUCUAGCAAGAUUACUUUACGCUGUAAUAUCCCUUUACCUCCUCAGUUUCACACUGGUGUUAAUGUAGAUUUGUUUGUGUGUUGUUAAUUAUAUGUAAGUACAAGUAUAUUUUCUUGGUGUAUUUUUACGUAAUUUUGUUAUUUGUAUUGUUUUGUGGCAGUGUGACAGAUGUAUGUACGGUUUGAAAAUAAAAAUAAAU